GGCUCAGAGGAACAGUCGGUGCCCCGUGGACUGGCAGCUCGGGACUGGAGUAGCCCCUGCAGAAAGUUGCCGUCCCUCUUCAUAAUCAACGGCGGGAGACAGAGAGAAAAAAAACAUUCUGCAACCAGAAUUCUCAACCUGACAUAAUGGGUGGAUCUAUUUCAAGCUUGGAUGAGAACAAAUGUAAUUAUAUCAGAGGGAAGGCCGAAGCAGAGCUGAAAAACUUUAGUCCUCAUUACCAGCGGCAAUACUCUGUGGCUGCCUUCAAUCAUAUCAGAUGUGAGGUACAGCAAGACCAAGAAGCACAACCCCAACUGCUACAGCAUAAGGAUCCAAAGAGAACUGAGAAAGUGGUAUAUCAACAGGAAGUGAUACAAUAUGUAGAAGAGUUCAGGAAAUGGAAGGAACGAUAUGUUGUGAUAAAGAAUGACAACAGCAUGGAAUGCUAUGAAAACAAAGAGGUCUAUCAGAAGGGAGGAGAGCCAAAAUGUAAACUACUUCCAACUGGUUACAGAGUGCUUACAUCAAUGAUUGAAUAUGCCUUAUUGGUGGACAAGUAUUUCCCUGAUCCAAGUGCAGUCAGUGGGAAGGAUGGUAAUCAGAGCUUUCUUGUUAACCACACCCAAUACUCAGUGUACCUGUGGCACCCAUACCGAAAGCAUAGUUACUUCUGUUUUGAGAAUGAAGAGACUCAGCGGGAGUUUGGGGCUGUCCUGAAUGAUUGUAUCCGGCACCUGAAUUAUGAAUUUGCAGAACAGAGUUCGUUUGAAGUCCGAGCAUUCUCAGAAGCCAUUCAAUUCUUCAGGCAGGAAAAAGGUCACUACGGGUCCUGGGAAAUGAAUCACGGCAAUGAAGUAUUGAUUUUAAGUAACUUGGUGAUGGAAGAACUAUUACCUUCCCUGCAGAGUGACAUCUUGCCAAAGAUGAAAGGCAAGAAGAAUGAAAAGCGAAAGGCCUGGUUCAAUAUUGUGGAAGAAGCUUACAAUUUAGUACAAAACCAGCUUGUAGAUGGAUUGCAGUCUCUACAAGAUGAGUGCAGAAAAUCUGUGAAGGACCUGGAGGGGAUAAUUCGUUCAGAUAUGGAUCAGAUCAUUACUUCAAAGGAAUUUGCUGCCCGGAAACUUAAAGCAAUAGUCGCAGAAGAAGCUGAGAAGUGCUGCCUUGAGAAUAUUCAACCCUACCUGGCUUCUAUAUUGGAUGAAUUAAUGGGACUGAUCAGUUCAGGAUUCACCGAAGUCCGUUCUCUCUUUGAAACCAAAGUUGAUGAAUUAAGUGCAAAAUGUCAGGAUGCUGGUGACACUGAAAAACUGAAAGAGUACUUGAAUCAACUGAUGAACCUUCCUUUUAAUGCUGUGAAGAUGCAGCCCUGUUAUAAUAAAGUUAGCCCUCUUCAAGACCAGCUUCAGGAGUUGAAGAACCGAUUCAAGUUCACCAAUACACAAUGGCUUAUUCAAACAACUCAGAACAUCAUGCAAGAACUAAUGGACAAUGCGGUCUACACAUUUGAACAACUAUUGUCUGACUUGAUGAAGAGUAAUCCAUCAAAAAUAACAUCGAUUGAAAAAAUUAAGCAACGAGUGUUGAAGCAAUUUGAUCAUGACAGCAGCACUGUAAGAAAGAAGUUGUUCCAAGAAGCCCUGGUCCAAAUUGCAUUGCCAACACUACAGAAAGCAUUGGCACCAAAUUACAAGCGUGAGCUCCAGAAGUUUGAGGAAUACAUCUUUGCAGAUUAUACAAAGCUUAUUCAAGUGGAGAAUAUCUAUGAAGAAAUCUUACUUGAGACUGUUCUCAAGGAGGUGGUCAAAGUGGUGAAUGAAGCUGCCAUCUUGAAGAAACACAAUCUGUUUGAAGACAACAUGACUUACACUAGUGACAGUGAUAGCAAUCUCACUGACAAAAAUGAAGGAAAGACUCCACCAGAUUCUCAAUCAAGGAGUCCUGCUAAAACAUCAUCCGAAGGGUCAGAUGCUGAGGGAUUAGAAACUGAAGAAAAAAUGACUUCACAAAUGUCUAGCCCUGCAACAGAAUCUUCAUUGAAUGAGAAACAGGAAUGCGAACCGUCAUCAGCCUCUCAGGAUAACAUUCUUCAAACUACAUUAGGUUCUAAACAGAGUGGAGAAGUGAUUGUGCAAGUAGAUGCCAAUCAGGAACCUGACAAACUAAUUACGUUAGAUAAUCCUAACAAUAAUGAUGAUGUACCAACAAGUGAAUACCAGAACAGACAAGCUGAAACACAAGAAGAAAGGAUACAUGCCCCAGCUCCCGAUAGUUUAAAAGAAAUACAUGAUCUGUUAACAGUGGCAGUUGUGCCAGUUGAAGAGGGUCCUGAGACUCAGAAAGCUAUUCCGUCUAAUGAUGAAAGCCAUAGUCAAGUUGACAAGGAAUCUAGUCCAAAAGUGGACGAACAUUUUAAGGAUAUAGAUGAAAUGAAAGAGGAUGAUGUGUCCACAGUUGAACUUGUGGAUGGUCAAAGUGAGGAAAAUAAGGAGCCUAAAGUAGAAAACAUACUGGCACCAUUUGAGGAACUUGUGGAAAGCCACAGUGAGAAAGCUAAUGAACUCAAAGCCUUGCAAUCAACAGUUGAGGAACUUGGGGAAGAACAGAGUGAGGAAGAUGAUGAAUCUAAAGGCUCACAGUCAACCGUUGAGGAGCUUUUGGAAGACCAUGGUGAGGAAGAUAAGGAACCGAAAGGCUCACCACCCACAGUUGAGGAUCUUUUGGAAGAGCAUGGUGAAGAAGAUAAGGAACCCAAAGGCUCACCAUCCACGGUUGAGGAUCUUUUGGAAGAGCAUGGUGAAGAAGAUAAGGAACCCAAAAACUCACUAUCCACGGUUGAGGAGCUUUUGGAAGAGCAUGGUGAGGAAGAUAAGGAACCCAAAAACUCACUAUCCAUGGUUGAGGAGCUUUUGGAAGAGCAUGGUGAGGAAGAUAAGGAACCCAAAAACUCACUAUCCAUGGUUGAGGAGCUUGAACACAAAACCUCACCAACAAUUGAGGAAUGUAUGAAAAAUCAGAGUGAGGAAGAGGAGUCAAAAGAAGACUUAACAGCAACAGUUAAUAAUGUGCCAGAUGAAGAUAAAGCUACAGAACCACUAAAGCAAAAUGAAUGUCCAGAAAAUGAGCCUUGUGUUGACAACAUUGAGUCUAAUCAUGUUUCUGAAAGUACUCCAAUGUUGCACAAGGAGGGAGUUCAAGAAGUGCAAACUAUAGAUACAACAGACACUGAAAUAGCACUUGAAUAUUCUGAAAAGGACAAGGAACAAAAUACAUUGAGCCCGGAUGAAGCUAACGAGGAUGAGAAAGAUUCACAAAUGUAGAUCAUCAUUGAUGUAAAAAGAAAAGGGAAGGAAUUGGUGGUAAGUGACCCAUCAUUGCAGUAAGCAAAUCGAUUGAAUCACCAAACAGUGAACGAAGCAUCUUGAUGAUCGAACUUCAUUAAAACAAUUUGAAGAACACCAAAAAACCCUAGUUCUACUUUUACCUGAGGCCUUUGCUGAGAGAUUUCAUCAUAUUUUGUUUUCUAGAUUACACUGAGCUGCACUUCCUAUUCUUGUGCUAUCCUUUUGAAGUGACAAGAGAAGAAAUCUGUUCUUGAUUUUCUUUUGUCUUUUUCACCAUGUAAGGCUUCAAGUGGGUUCAGAGUGAUUCGGAAUGAAUGGGCUGGAAAAAAAUAAACCAGAGCUUACACUCAAGUGCGCCAAAUGAUAAUUGAAGAGUGUGCUAUUUAAAAAAUAAAGAUUGUGAAAAAGAAUGGAACAGUUUGUAUCACAGAAGAGGUGGCUAUUAUCACAAAUCAAAACAACUACAGGAGGUUCAAAGCCAGCAACUUUCUUUGUAAUAUUAACAAUAAUCUUCAAAAUAGAUUAUAUGUUCAAGUCUGCAUUCAAGUUUUGGACAGUAUCCACAAAAAGAUAGACAUUGUAAACCGAUAUAAUUUAGUUUCUUGCUGCAGCUGUUCACUUAAUGUAUAAAGGAAUUACUAAAAUCAUGUCUGAUUUUCACAUGCUGACAAUUCUUGGAAUACUGUACAAUUAUUUGCAUUACUCUGUUUAUAACAUAGAAUUUAGGCUUCAGUUCAGUAUAGUUUUAGCCAUGAAUUAAAACCUGCAAUGUAAUCAUUUAGUAGAAUGCUGAGUUUAGAUUUAUGCCAAUGCCAAGACUUCAUGCCUGUAUGAUCACUUUUUCUUCUUUGCUGUUCAACAUAAGUGCAGCAAUAGAUCUCGCUGUUAUUUGUUGAUUAAUGGAAUUAAUGUCAAUGUUUGUGUGACUCCACAUUUUCUAACAUUCUAGCAGCUUAAAGUGAUACUAGCUUCUGUUUGUUUUUUGCACUUCAGGGUUUGGCAAUCGCUGUUAUCCUGCUCUAAAGUAUAGUGUAAAUAGAGCAACCAUAAUACUUCAAAUGCAGCAUUCACUUUGAGUUAAGAACCAAUAACAAAAAGUUGGAUGAUUUCGAUGCAGCCAAAAAUGUACCUGCUCAGCAGUCAUUUCUUUCAAACUUCAAUAUCAGUGUCCACUGCUGAAGUUUGAAAGAACAAUUCAGGGUUAUAGUUGUCAAUUUCCAAACAAAAACUCAUCAGCUACUUAACUAAAAAUGUAAAGCCAGUCAUUGCAAUAAGGGAAACAGAUUGAACAUUUCCAUUUUAUCUUUCAAAUUGAGGGAUAGGACAGUUCUACGUUAGGACCUGGGUUUGUACUAUGUGAGCAGUUCAAAUCCCAGUUUCCAGGAAGAUAUAGAGAAUGAAUAUCACAGGUUUCGUUCUGGAGGAUAAGAGGAGGGAAAAUGGGGCUUUGUCUCAGAAGUAGUCAUUCUCUGAAGCUUGAGAUGCAUUGCAGAGAUACGCUAGUUGAUGGCCUCACAGCACUUGAGCUGUACGUUACAGAAAAUCCAAAAGCGGGAAGAAACAAAUACUUAGCAAGUGGAAUUUUUAAAAAAGCAUAGAAUCACACUAUUAUGUCCAGGGCUGAUGAUAAAUACACAGCACUAAACAAUUAGAGAUUAUGUAACUGCGAGUAUCACAUCAUUUUAAUUGUUGUAAUAAACUAACUUAUCACAAUUUUAAACAAAAAUCUAUUGAUUUGCAAUGGUA